UUUUAAAAAGCACUAAACCUAAAACCUACAGGAGGUGACCUGUAAUAUUGGGCAACUCUCCAGGUUCGCGCUCAGUGGGACUUUGAAGGCUCUUCGUUGUCUGGCAAAACCCGGGUCACAGUGCGCAUGUCAGCAUGGAGGGUCACAGUGCGCAUGUCAGCUGUGGUGGGUACCUACCUCGCCGGAAGUGGAAGUACGUCACGGACAGUUUCAACGGCGGCAGAUUUGAAAAGCUGCUGAGACGCGAGAUCAUCAUCUCCAGCACCAUAAGAUAAAAGCACAAAUCAUGGGAGUGCAUGACUUAUGGCAGAUUUUGGAGCCUGUCAAAGAACAUGUUCCAUUACAAAAUCUCAGCGGGAAAACAUUAGCCGUCGAUAUGAGCUUGUGGGUGUGUGAGGCUCAGACUGUCAAAGCCAUGAUGGGAACCGUCAUCAAGCCACACCUCAGAAAUUUGUUCUUCCGUGUCUCAUCUCUCACUCUGAUGGGUGUGAAGCUCAUAUUCGUGGUCGAAGGGAAUGCCCCAAAACUUAAGGCAGAGACUAUGAGCAAACGGAAUGAGGCAAGAUGUGGAACAUUCAGAAAACCAGACAGCUCUUCAGUUCGAAGAGGAAGAUCACAUUUUCAAUCCAUUCUUAAAGAAUGCUGUGAGUUGCUGGAUUGUUUGGGGAUCCCGUGGGUGAAUGCAGCUGGUGAAGCCGAAGCUAUGUGUGCCUACUUAAAUUUUAACGGCUAUGUUGAUGGGUGUAUCAGUAAUGAUGGUGAUACCUUCCUGUAUGGAGCUAAGAUUGUGUACAGAAACUUCACUAUGAACACAAAGGACCCACAUGUGGACUGCUAUAAAAUGUCAACAGUGAAAUCAGAGUUGGGUCUUGAGCGAGAUUCACUCAUUGGAUUGGCCAUUCUGGUUGGAUGUGAUUAUCUGCCAAAGGGAGUUCCAGGAGUUGGGAAAGAACAGGCCAUGAAGCUGAUUGAGAUACUGAAUGGAGAAAGCCUUCUGCAAAGGUUCCGGCUUUGGAAGCGAGAGUUUGACGGCGCUGUUACUCAUGAUACAGUUAUGAAAAAGAAAGUCCACUGCUCAUUGUGUCAACACCCACGUUCAGCUCAGGAUCAGGAGCACAGAGGUUGUGAAAUUUGUGGAAGCACCCAGUUAUGUGAGAUGAAAGGCAAUGACUACUGCUGUCCUUGUGACUGGCAUCAGGCUGAGCAGGACAGGAAAGUUAGUGCUGUGGAGAACAAUCUCAAAAAAAAAGCAAGAGUUUGUGUACACUUUCCAUUUGAGGAGGUAAUCAAAGAAUUUCUUGUCACUAAAGACAAGAUGAUUCAGAACAUUCACUGGAGGAGGCCAAAUCUACUUUCCAUUCAGAAUUUUAACAAGAAAAAAAUGGAAUGGCCAAAACACUACACAUCUGAGAAAGUAUUGGUGUUACUCACGCACCACGAUAUAAUGGAGAGAACAUUGGGAAAGCGAGAUCCUUGGCAUUUACAACCAAUAAGAAUCGUCAAGACAAGAAUUCGCAAUGGAAUCCCUUGUUUUGAAAUUCUAUGGGAAAAACCAGAAAACUAUGUUUACUCGGAUGAUCAAUCUGAAGAUUCUCAGUAUUCUGUAACAACAAUAGAGGAUCAGCUUCUCUUUCAAGCUGCGUACCCAGAUGUCAGUGCUCUGUUUCAUAGACAGAAAGCUGAAGCUGAGGAGAAUAAGCAGAAAAGUAAGAGCAAAAGGAAAGGCAAGGCAAAGCCAGAGUCUGAUGAACUUGCAGAGCAACUGUCUCAGAUGAAUCUUCAGCUCCCCAGUAGUGGUGAAGAGAGUAACCAAUCUGUUCAAAAGCGUGUAAAUCAAAGAGACAAUCCGAUCAAAUGGUCUCAUCCCAAUCCUAUUGGCUCUUGCACUCUGUUGCCCAAGUUCUCCUGUGAAGAUCCUGCAAGUGAAAUGGCACAAAUUGCCAUUAAUAGCAUUACAGAAUUAGGAAAAGCUAACGGUGAGCCUUUAACCCUUUUAGCAGCAGAGAACAAACUUGAUGUCUGUGCCUUGUCCCCUUCUAUGUCUGUGUUGGUUGCAGAGUUGAAUUUGAGUGGCAUUGACUGGGGGGCUACUUCAUUUGGCACACCAACAAACGCUCAGGUUGCUAGCAAAAUAACUGAAGGCUGUUGUGGAUCUUCAACUUUUACUAAUGAAUUGAAGGAGGACAAGGUAUUGAAGGUAAAUACUGCAUCAUCAAAACAUGAGCCUGUUCAAAUCAAUACUAAACAAUUACUCCAUAAGGAUAUGUCUGGGCAGCAAGAUCCAGAGAACAUGUCUUUAAGAGAUCGAAUUCUACUGAAGAAUUCACAUUCAUUUUUUUCCCUUGGAUCGAGAUCCAAUUCAGACGCUGGCCAUAUCCUGCUCUCUGCUGUUCAGAAAGGUGGUCCUGAGUUUGUCAGUGAAGAUAAACCCAUCUGCAAUAUUAAACCUCUGAGUAACAACAAAAUGAUCCUAGGCAGUAAUAUUUUAGAAAAACAACAUACUGAGCAAGAGCAAAUAUUAAUUCACAGUUCUGAAGAGGAUGCAACAACAACAGUGAAACCAUUUACUUUGUUGGACAAGCAGAUUCCCAGAGACUCAAGUGAGAAGAACUUUGGAGCGCAUUCCUUCCAAACAUUAGAAUCAAAUAAUGUCCCAUUUAAACUGCAGAAAAGUAAAGUAGAGAAACCACACAGAGAAAAACUGGUGGCUAAAAAUAUUCAAACAAAGAACAGUGUCUGUCACAAGGUGUAUUCCUCCAGCGAUGAUAGCGAUAAUGAGAACUCGGGACACCGAAAACAAAAGCCUAGCAUCAAAUCUCGGACUGCAGUAAGGACUGUGGAAAAGUGCAGCCAAGCAAUGUCUUGGCGUGUCAACGUUAAAUCCAGCUGCAGUAAAGCAGGUUACACUGGUGUUAAUACUGGAAGCGUUAAACCUAAAGUAGCAAGCUAUAGUAGUGCAGAGAAAAAUGAGGAAGCACAGCUAAUGUACAAUGAUAGCAAGGCUACCACCGCAAACACAUCUCAGAACAAGUUGUCUGCAGUGUGUGAAAGUAGCAUUGUGCAGCAGUGUAAGGCCGUACAGCUAAAAUCAUGUCCAAUCAAUGUGGAUACUUCUAACUUGAGUGAUGGAGAAGAUUCAGUUAUACUAAUAGACAGCCCUCUGCCACUAUCAGAAAGGCUGAAGUUUCGACUCUAAAGCAUUUGAACUGUCAAUCAAUUAGAAUAAAAUUGAGAUUCUGGUAUUCUGUGUACAUCUAUGAAUUUGCGUGUUUUUUAUUUGAUUUUCCAUAUUGGCUCUAAUUUGUUUACAAAUGUAUAUGUUUUUCAAGAUGUUCCAAUAAAAUGGAUAAUCAAAUUCUCUUUAAAA